AUGUUGCAAAACGGCGAACAAAGCAAAAAGUGUUUGUUUUUGUUCAGUGAUGCCGGACGUGGGUCUCCCCGCUUUUGUUUCUGGCGUCCAGAUGGUCCCUUUAACUUUUUCUCCGUCUUUCGCUUCUUUUUCCUUUCUUUCUCUGUUUAUAUUUUAUUUCUAUUCUACUUGGCUUUCUUUCGUUGUUUCUUUCUUUUCGAUUAUUUUUUCUUCUUUCUUUCUUUUCUUCUUUCUUUCAUUCUUUCUUUCCUGUGGUUUUGGUUUCUUUCUUUGAUUUUCCCUUCUUCUCGCUUUAUUUCUUUCUUUCUUUCUUUCUUUCUUUCUUUCUUUCUUUCUUUCUUUCUUUAUUUUUUUCUUCUUUUUGGCCCUAACUCGUUCUUGCUUUUCUUCUAUUUUUCUCUUUGGUUUGUUUUAGUCUUCACACUCUUUGUCACUUUUUCACUUUCUUUCUUUCUUUCUUUCUUUCUUUCUUUCUUUCUUUCUUUGUUCUUUCUUUCUUUUCAUAACUUUCUUUCUUUCUUUUCAUUCUUUCUUUUCCUUCUUUUUCUUUCUUUCAUUUCCUUCCUUCCUUCCUACUUCCUUCCUUUCUUUCUUUCUUUCUUUACUUAUUUCUAUUUUUUUUCUUUCUUUUUCUUAAUUUCUGUCGUUUUUAUUUCUUUCUUUUCCUUACUUACUUUCUUUCUUUCUUUCUUUCUUUCUUUCUUUUCAUUCUUUCUUUUCCUUAAUGUUUAUCUUUGUUUCUUUCUUUCUUUUUUCCUUAAUUUCAUUCUUUCUUUCUUUCUUUCUUUCUUUCUUUCUUUCUUUCUUUCUUUUCCUUACUUUCAUUGUGUGACAAUUUUUCUCCUCUUCGUUUUUCUCUCUCUUUAUAUAUCUCUUUCUCCUCAUUUUCCCUACGUGCUUCCGUCAUUCUGUCUCUUUUCAUUUUCAAUAUUUAUUUUCUUCUCUUUUCUCGCCAACUUAAAUCCUUCUUUCCAUAAUCUUUCUUCUUGCCUCCGUUCAUUGAGCGACUUUAUUUCCUCCGAAACCGUGUUUAGAUUUCAAAUGAAGCACUGCAGACCCCAUCGAAACAACCGUAUCAGAUGUCCUCUUUAA